UGGCUGUUCAGUGUUCAACCGUCCCCCUAUUGUUCACGCGUCCAGCCAUCCCUACUAGCUCCUUCAAACAAUGGCUCCUUGUACGCCUUUCCCCACGCUCUUGGACGACACUAUAACCAGUGGUAGAGUUCCUGCGCGCGAUAAAGAAUCGCGGGAAAUGCGUCAUAGCUUGGAACGAAAUGGUCAUGUCGCCGGCGCCGGCGCCGGCGCUGCCACGGCAGAGCUCGAUUGCUGCCGGGGAGCAGAGUGUAUGCGAACGGGCUCAUCCUUGGCGAUUUCAGGAGCGGAGGAGCAAGCAUCUCCUGCGAGGCUGGCUUGCUGGGAGGCGCAGAAGGCGUGCAGUCCUGUCUGGAUCGACGAGGCGCGCUCGAGAAUACGGCAAGCGGCAUUGGCGGUGCUGGAGGCGCAGCAGCAAUCUCAACACCUUGGUUCGAUGGUGGAUGACAAAAUGCUUCUAGACGAGCCGCGCUGUACGGAGCAUCUGACUGUCUUUGACGAAUGGAGCCGCUUAGAGAAUGUCGACCAAAUGCUUGAGUUGAAUGAAGAGGAGGCAACAGAUGAUGACGACUCGCUCACAUCUGAGCCUCAAUUAGGCCAAGGUAGAGUUUUUAGGCCAACUGAUUCUUUCCGGGGAGCAAUUGUGAAUUUUGUGAGGAGUUCGCUUCAUCUAAUAAUGUAGUUGUGUCUCCGACAAGUCCAUGUAGUCUAUAAGAUGUAUACUUAAUGGGA